CGCGGUCUAAUUUUCUGUCGUUGUCAGGUCUUAUUUAUUUAUCCGUGUUGGUUUGUGGCGUGGCUAGUAGUUUAUUUUGUUUGUUAGAAUUUGUGAUUAAUUUGGGUGAAAAGAAAAUGCCUUAUGAGGGUCUAGGGUUUGCAGUUAUACUGGGUGUUGGUCUUGCCACAGCUAUAUAUUAUUUCUUAACUCAGACGGGACGAGAAUCUGCCCAUAGUAAUAGUAGAAAUAAUGGCCAACCACCACCGUUUGACCAUGGACCUAACAGCAAGUCGUGGCAUGAGGGGAGCAGAAACACCAAGCCCAAACGUAAAUUAUCUACGCAGGCAGAGGAGACUCACUGUAUGAUUUGCCUUGAAGGGUAUAACAUCAAGCAGUUGCCAUGUAAACACAGAUUUCAUUCCCACUGUAUCAGUAAGUGGUUCAGCGUAAAGGGAUCACCAUCUUGCCCAUUGUGUCGUGCACUUGCUGAAUAGAAAAUUCUUACUUAUUCCCUAAACUAGCUCAAGGUAGAGGCCUCCUGUGUUCUAAAAUUCUGCAGCUCUGUCAAUACUUUUAAGUAAAUAAAGGUUUUGUGAAUAAGUACUUGACUGACAAGUGAAAUUAUAUUGUGCUGCCAUUCCAAGUAGCAGAAAUCAGUGAUAGGCGUAAGCAUUUGCAAGAUUGGAGUCUGUAUAAAAUUGUUCUCUGGAAUGUCUGAUUGCAAAACAAUUUUAAAUGAAAGUUGAUACUUGGAUAUUAAUUAAUAGUAUGAUGACUGAUAGUUGAAUUAUGUUGCUUCAUGUGCAGACCAGGUGUUUUUUUAAUUGCUUAGACUAGUGGCAGCUGACAUACAGUGAUAUAACAAUAAAUCAGUUAUGUGGGUCUAGCAGUCAUUUCUCUUUUCCUUUAAUUUUAUUCAAAAGUUGUUCGUAGAUAAAUUUAUUGUAGUUAUUAGUCUGUGUUUAGUAGUGCUUCAUAAAGAAAUGCAACCUAUUCUUUUAGAUUUCCUGAAUUUAAAGAAAUAAUAAUUUUUUAAUAUAGAGAUUGACUUUAAUGAUCAGAUUUGUAUUGAGGAUUAGAAAUAAAAAAGGUACAUUUGUUGUGAAAAGUU